GCAUUCAUUACAUUCAACUUGUUCUGUGCAACAUGUCGAAAAAAAAGUCGAAACUCCCUGAUUUCUCUGAUGAAGAUUACCCCGGGGCAAGAGAAUUCAUAAAGCUAUCAGGAACUGACCCUAGCAACGUCUUUGUAAAUAGUGAAGGCAGUCUGAUAGUCAAUGGUGGUUGGGUCCGUAAUGAUAAUGUAGAUAUUGGCCCCGACUAUAUGGCUGCCAGAAAGCCCAAAAAUGCCUCUCCUUCAACGAGCCCUAAAGCCAAAUCUUCUAAGCACACCAAUCAUCCUUCUCUCUUUGGCUCUGACGUCCACUCUGCCCCAGAACAAGGGGAAGAGGAAAUGAUGGAAAUGUUUCGAAAGAAUCCAGAAAUGGCUCAGGACUUUAUGAUGAACUAUUUCCAUGCAGCAGAUAGGCAUAAGGACAAGCAGCAGACAGAUUAUAUAACUAUCACGCCUGAUGCAGGAUUUGUAGUUUUGAUACAACUUGCCAAGGAAGCCAAAGUAGGCCAUUUGCUUGAAACUAACAAAUCCACUUUUCCAAAGGGCACCAAGGUCUUUGUCAACAUGUGCUCAUCAGACAAGAUUACCAAACCAACGGAUGUACCCGAAUAUGAGAUCCAGAAGACUUUGAACGGUCAACCAUCUGUGUAUGAGGUGCCUGUCCAUAUAGGCGAGCCACGUAAAUACACAUCUAAAGAUGAACCAGGGUAUCUUGUCAUUGAUGGCUGUGUGCACGCAGAUGUAUUGACGAGAGCAAAAAAGGAUCACCCCUAUGGAAUGUAUAUCAUAGAGGUGGUCUUUCAUUGGAUUGAAGAGAAAUGUCGUCUAGUGCUCGACAGAGAUACCAUUGGGAUGUUGCCAAUUCGAUCCAAGGAUAAAAUCCCCAGUCGGCCUAUCAAAUUGAUACCACAGCCUAAAGCUCCAAUCUUGGAGGUCCCUGCUGAGGAGAAGACCAGCAAGGCUCCUAAACUAGCAAAGUCCCAAGAGCCUUUGAACAAGUCCGACGUCCCAGUAGCAGGAAAGGAUGACAUUAUACUCGAUCAUCGGACCUUAUCAUGCCCCAAUGGCACUGGAGGGAGCAUAAUUGAGAUCCCAUUCCCUAAUCAUGUGAAUUCCUCUGAUAUCACUGUUGAUAUUGUCUUGCGGAACAAACUUGUGGUUCAUGCCAAGAGCCAAGGAAAGAAAGUGGAUGGAGGUAAAGAUUACCAUCUUGAGGUCGAUCUUCCAAAUAGGCCUGUUGGUUUGGAAACAUUGGAUGCAGAGUUCAACAAACAAACGCGCACUUUGCGUGUCUACACUCUUGGGUCAAAAGCAUGAGUUCAAAUGAGCAAUUGGACUAUAGGGAAAUUAAUAGGGGAUGGUCAUUUGACACACCAUCUCAUUUCAGAAACAUUCAUUCUAUUCACUUAAGUAGUAGUAGUACUCAAAAAUAAACAAAGGUAGAUUGCGAAU